ACAUAUAUAUACAUGUAGGUUUGAAGGCAAAGAUAAAAAAAAAAAAUUCCAAAUAUGGAUUUAUAUCUCUGACCAUUAAUGGAAGGCUUCCCACCGAAGAGAUUAUGAUUUUAAACCUUUAUAUAUACGAAGAUUAAUCGCACAAAUCAUCUAAUCUCCUACAUAUAUACAAAUAACCAAAUCUCUUUCUCCUCCCCCCCCACCCUCUCUCUCUCUGUCAGUCUCUCUCUCUACACACACAGACAAUAAGCACAUAAAGGCAGCCUCUAAUGGAUUUAGAACAGAAGACAAGAGGACUUGGAAAAUCAUGUGCCCUUCUCAUAGUGAUUGCUGGAAUGGAGAGAUAUGCAUUCAAAGGAGUUGCAUCAAACUUAGUGACAUAUCUAACAGAUGUAGUGAAGAUGAGUAAUUCAAGAGCAGCUAAGACUGUCAAUACUUGGGCUGGUUUCACUUCCAUGUUGCCUCUCUUCUCUGCUCCUUUGGCUGAUGCGUAUUGGGACAGAUUCUUCACUAUCCUCGUUUCUUCUUCUGUCUACUUUGUGGGACUAGUGGGAUUGACAUGGACGGCAUUUGCUGGUUCACGUUCAGCUACGAAGACAAUUUCUACUUAUUUUCUCUACUCUUCACUAUGUCUUGUCUCAAUCGGGUUAGGCGUCUUAAACCCUUCUCUUCAAGCCUUUGGUGCGGACCAGCUAGACCACGACCUCGAUAAGGACUCGGGGCUUCCCUCGGCUGAUCAAAAGGACGCUAAAGCUACCCGCAAGACUCAGUUUUUCCAAUGGUGGUACUUUGGCGUCUGCACUGGAAGCCUUAUGGGUGUCACAGUGAUGGCUUAUAUCCAAGACACUUUUGGUUGGGUCCUCGGUUUCGCCAUACCCGGGAUCGCUAUGUUCCUCUUGAUCUUGUUGUUCUUGUCGGGUUGCGGAAUCUAUGUCUAUGGUCCUGGUGCCGGCUUGAAGAUGAAAAGAACCGCUACUCCAUUUGAGAAGAUCCUUAAAUUCAUCAAAGGGAGAGUAGCGAAGAAGCAGAGAAGCAAAUAUACACUUGCAGAUGAGGAAGAUUUGGAUGCUAUGGAGCUAGAGCUACAAGAGAGGCCUCUCUGUAAAUGUGAUAACGCUGAGGCCGAAGACAUUGAGGAUGCUUCAACACCCACCAAGAAACUGGAUGAUGGAAGUUCGAAAACGGUUUUCUCUGGAGUUGAUAAUGUCAAGUUAGUGCUUCGCCUUUUGCCCAUAUGGACGAUGCUUCUCAUGUUUGCGGUCAUCUUCCAGCUACCAGCGACUUUUUUCACCAAACAAGGCAUGACCAUGAAGCGAAACAUCGGCUCCAGCUUCAAAAUACCACCUGCAACCCUGCAAAGCACCAUCACCUUAUCGAUAAUCCUUCUUAUGCCGCUGUACGAUAAGAUGUUGAUCCCUGUCACCAAAAGAAUCAAGAACAACGGUAAAGGUAUCUCCGUGAUGGAGAGAAUGGGAGUUGGAAUGUUCCUAUCGAUCAUUGCCAUUGUAAUUGCGGCAUUAGUCGAAAAAAGAAGACUAGACAUAAGCCAAAAGAUGAAGACUCUACCUGAUUAUGAUCCAGAAACUAUCCCGCUGAACAUCUUCUGGCUUUUACCUCAGUAUAUCCUCUUGGGAAUCUCAGACAUUUUCACAGUCGUUGGGAUGCAGGAGUUUUUCUACAGCGAGGUUCCGGUUAGGAUGAGAACAAUGGGGUUUGCUCUCUACACAAGUGUUUUUGGUGUUGGAAGCUUUGUGAGCGCCGCGCUGAUCUCAAUCGUCGAGGCUUACUCGAGCUCAACAGGCGAACGGCAAAACUGGUUUGCAGAUGAUAUGUCAGAAGCUCGGCUUGACAAAUACUACUGGCUUCUUGCUCUUACAAGUACAGUAAGCUUUGUGGUCUACAUAGUUCUAUGCAAGUAUUUUAAGAGUAGUAGUGAUCAAGGCGGUGAAGAAGAAGAAAAGUCCCCUAAAUGAGAGAAAGACCAGUUUCGGUUUCUUUGACACAGUCGACUUAGUCUAACUUGUAGUAGCUUAAGAACUAACUAGCAAACCGUAAGGAGGAAGACAAGUUUUCUCUACGAGGUUUAUUCAUAAAAAAAAUUUCUUCUGUUACAAAUGCAAAAGAUUCAACGUUAUUGUAUCGUAUGUUUGGUUACAUAUCAUCUUCAAUCCUCCCAUGGAUCGACAGACACGAAACCAAAAUGAGAAAAGUCUGAAACUUUGGUUUGUACCUUUACUAGUGUGAGCUGAUUCCAUUUAGACCAGGCUCCUUGGCUACGUUGGUCUCUUCUCGAAUCUCGUCUUCUUCAUCAGAAUCGAGAGUGAAAGUACUUAAAUUCUCCAUCUCAGCUCCGAGAGGCCGAUAUUUUGAGUGAUCUUCACGGAGAUAACCUUUCUUGUUUGCAACAACAGAGAACAGUCCAGUAGCUAAAACCACCAUUAGAGCCAAAUGACAGUUAAACUGAAGGGUUGCUAUGGCCUUUGCUCGGUGAUAAUCACUGUGUCCUUUGCACUUGAUCGUGAAGUUGCCUCUGCUCUUCUCGUGAAAUGUGCAAUUAUUCGUGAUCAAACCGGUGAAAAACGAUAUACCCAUCUGCAGAAACCAAGUUCCUUGCAGGAUCAGACCGAUCCCGCGACCUAACUUCGCGAAUCGAUGAGUGUUUGCGUCGGAUUUCAGCUCGAAAAUCGUGGAGAAGACGCAGAUCGCAAUGGGGACGAGCAUGAGAUCGUAGUAGCGAUUCUCGAUUCCAGAGGUAUCCUUCUUUUGUAGGUAGAACAUUAGGAACUCCUCGACGAAGCCAAAGAGAAGCAACAAACUAGUGAUCGAAGACGGAAGAGCAACAAAGACUGCGUUUUUGGAGUUGACCAGAUAGGUUAUAAUGGCGUAGACUAGGAAUAAAACUGCGACCGCCAGGAUCUGUAGCUGGAGCAUCGACCCGACCCGAUCGCGGGAUUCGAUUGAACUGAAGAAGGAGAAAAUGGAGUUGGCAAUAAACAGAGACGAAAGCAAAGCUACGGGGAUGGAAGACGAUCCAACAGAUUUGGGUGGAGAAGGUGUGAUCUGAGCUGUAGGAGAAGGUGGAUCAGUACCAGUUGAUGGAUUCGGAUCAAGGUUCGAUGAGUCGAGUGACUCCCACGCGCCGAUUACUGCAAACCCGCCGCCGGCGACGGCGUAACUGAAAAUACCCAUGAUUUCAAUCCUCAGAAUUUCAAAAUCUUCGUUGAUCUAAUGCGAAUCAGGCUUUACUUCUUUCGAGGAAAUUUGGAAUUAUCCGCCAUUGAAGCUUAACAGAAAAAUGUCAACCUCUCUAUCCAUCCAUCAUUGUCCUGGUACACCGGAAUGACCCGACCCGAAUAACCAAAAUUGAGAUAGACUGGUGGCCCA